GUAUAAGUACAACUAUGAGAGACCAUGUGGGUUGGAACCUCAAAAAUCAGAGUUGUGGACUACUGCUCGUGGUGGCCCAUGACUCAUGUUCCCCUGCACUCCAUCUCCAUCCCAGUCUUGUUGUCUAAUGCAUUAAAGCAGGUGCUUGCCUGACUGCUUCACCCCAAAAAAAUAUAAGAAAGCAGCUGGCAAUCUUCUUCUUUUGUACAACCUAUCAUAGCUUCCCAGUAAAAAAAAUGUUUUCAAUUUGUCACCGACCAACAUUAAACUCCAUUCAAUAAUAAUGAGCACCCCUGCUCACUUCCACGGUAGUUCCACCUACAUCUAUUUAUAACCCCAUUUACCUAACACAUAUCUCACUGUCAGUGAGACACAGCCAAAUAGUACAUCCCCCUGCUUCGUCUUCUUCCCCAAUGGCGUCCAGAUCUAUGUUGUUGCUUGUACUUGCAGCUACUGUCCUAGCUGUUUCUUCCUACGCAGACCAAGAUCAUCCCUUCAUCUCCCAGGAGGCUGUUAGUAGCACCAAGUACGCCAAAUCUCCUCCACCACCGUCUACACCGGUGGUGAAGCCAGCGCCGACUCCCUCUCCUUCACCAUCACCUCCGGCGAAACCCUCCCCACCGCCACUGGUGAAGCCAGUGCCGAGUCCCUCUCCUCCACCAUCCCCGCCGUACAAGAAGCCACCAACUCCGACUCCUUCUCCAGCUGUCCCCAAGCCACCCACCCAUUCCCCUGCCCCUGUUCCAGUCCCCAAGCCCCCAACUGCUGCCCCUCCUUCUCCAUCGCCUUUUGUCCGCUCAAUCAAAGAUUGCGCCCCACUGUGCGCGAAUCGGUGCAAGCUGCACUCGAGGCCGAAUCGGUGCAACAGGGCCUGCGUGAGCUGCUGCAGCAAGUGCAAAUGCGUUCCACCUGGUACCUCUGGCAACCGGGAGAAGUGCGGGACUUGCUACACUGGCUUGACCACUAAAUUCAACCAGCCCAAGUGCCCUUAGAGAAGAAAACUCUCUCUGUGUGUUUCCCCUGUUUCUUUCUACUACGUAUUGUUAUGGGUUUAUAAGCUAUGAAAUGUUGUAUCAUCGGAAAGAGUCUUGAGAGAGAGAGAGAGAGAGCAGCGGGAUCGGAAAAUAAAAUGGGGUUGCUAGAUAUGUGUAAUGUUUUGCGGGAGUUUCAAAUUCGUUUCUACUAUGUUUGAUCUUGUUACCAUGUCCAUCUUCAUCAAUAUAAGAGCGCUAUUGUUGAUCUUGAGUUCUGUUGGUUUUAACUUGCACAUCCAUUUUUUUCUCGAAGCAAUUCAGCCCUGCAAAAAAGGUUCAGUAUUAUAUUAUGGAACCUUGCAACUUGGAUAAGAAUGACUCUCGGUGCAUGUGUUGUCCCUGUCUCGAGGAAGGACUAUAGUACCAAGGAUCCCUUAUGCUUGGAACUCCCCAAAAGUCAAUAAAACUAAAAAUGGGCC